GUUUUAAGGGGAACACAAUGGGUGCAUUUCUUGACAAACCAAAGAUGGAAAAAUAUAACUCCCAUGGUGAGGGUAACAACCUAAAGUAUGGGCUGAGCAGCAUGCAGGGUUGGCGGGUAGAGAUGGAAGAUGCACACACAGCAGUAAUUGGUCUACCCCAUAGUCUCGACCUCUGGUCAUUCUUUGCCGUUUAUGAUGGGCAUGCUGGCUCUCAGGUGGCCAAGUACUGCUGUGAGCACCUGUUGGACCACAUCACCAGCAACUCAGACUUCCAGAGUGCUCUGCAGGAGGACCCCUCUGUGGAAAGCGUGAAGACUGGGAUCCGCACAGGAUUCCUGCAGAUCGAUGAACACAUGCGGACCAUCUCUGAGAAGAAGCACGGCGUGGACCGCAGUGGCUCCACUGCAGUUGGAGUGAUGAUUUCACCAAGCCAUACCUACUUUAUCAACUGUGGCGACUCACGGGGGCUCCUCAGCCGAGGUGGAGCUGUGCACUUCUUCACACAGGAUCACAAACCCAGCAACCCCCUGGAGAAGGAAAGAAUCCAGAAUGCCGGUGGCUCAGUCAUGAUCCAGCGAGUUAAUGGGUCACUAGCAGUCUCCCGGGCUCUGGGAGACUUCGACUACAAGUGUGUGCAUGGAAAAGGCCCGACAGAGCAGCUUGUUUCUCCUGAGCCUGAAGUUUAUGCAAUAGAGAGAUGUGAAGCAGAAGAUGAAUUCAUUAUACUAGCAUGUGAUGGCAUCUGGGAUGUCAUGGCCAAUGAGGAACUGUCUGACUUUGUCAGGUCAAGGCUAGAAGUGACCGAUGAUCUUGAAAGAGUCAGCAAUGAAAUUGUCGACACCUGCUUGUAUAAGGGAAGCCGGGACAAUAUGAGUGUUGUGAUAAUCUGCCUUCCUGGGGCUCCAAAGGUAUCUCCAGAAGCAGUGAAACGGGAGGCUGAGCUGGACAAAUAUCUGGAAGCCAGAGUAGAAGAGAUCGUCAAAAAGCAGGGGGAUGAAGGUGUCCCGGAUUUGGUCCAUGUUAUGCGGACAUUAGCAUCUGAGAGCAUCCCUAACCUCCCCCCUGGAGGAGAGCUGGCAAGCAAACGAAGUGUUAUUGAGGCGGUGUACAACAAACUCAACCCCUACCGAAGUGAUGACACAGACUCUGCAUCCACAGACGACAUGUGGUAACACAACCUCCUACCACUAACACAGCAUAGAGUUUACAAACCACCAUCCUCUCAAGACCCACAGCAGCUCAGCUCAGCAGUCUGUCUCGCCGUCACUCUGAGCUUUUGGUUUCUAAGAAGGGAAUUUCAUGGGAGGAGGAAGAGGAGUUGCAUGCACACAAACCUGGAAUAGUGCAGCACCAGUCCACUCUGGAGUUCAGGAUCCUCACCGUCUUGUCUCCCAUUUAUGUUCACCCACCUAAAUACUCUCCUCUAAAGUAAUCCAUAACAAGUGAGUCCACAAGAUUUUCUUUCUUUUUGUUAGAUAAUCAGCUUAAGUAGUAACUUUUUUUUUGCUGUAAUUAAUUUGAUCACAUUUCCUUGUGUGUGUUUGUAUAUUUCUGUUUUUGUGAAGUGCAAUUGUCCUGUACAAACAGCCUGUAUUUAAUGCAGCUUGAUUUUAAGUUAAAAAAUGAAAGAAAUGAAAAAGAGAACCUUUUAUGCACUAUCUGCCUUUUUUUCCUGCUUUUCUGGAAUUCUAACAAAUGUCUGUUCAGUGGAUAUUACUGCUCGUCCUCCAGGCACAAUGUCUCUGCGCUUUUAUGUUUCUUUCUUUUCCUUUUUCAGUUAGUCUCUGCUCCUUAAGAAACGGGUAAAUUGUAUAGUUGACAGCACAGUAAGCUCUCUAUAUCAUACCAUUUAAAUCCUACUUAUUUUUUCCCUGUGCUUUUUUUUUUUUAUUGUAUUUUAUUUUUGUAAGUGGCUUUCUGUACAUCCUGAAAUAAUAAUUGUUUCUCAGUCAUUUUGGAAGUGUCAAGCGAAACAAAAUCUUUUUUUUUCUUUGAGGCGUCUGAUUAAAAAAAAAACACAAAACACAAACAAAAAAACAACCUCUUAACAUGUUUGUCUGUGCAGAUAGAUACUUGCAAGCGUGCGUGGGUGCUUGUGUGUAUGUAUGUGCGCACGUGUGUUAGUGUAAAGGCAGAUCUGUAUGUGCGACUAAUUGAAAUUUGCUGAGGUGGUUCAAACAACAGACCAGGCUGGAAUUUAAGGGAAAUGCCCACUGCUCACCCAUUGUCUGCCCUUACAAUUUUCAGCCAGUGUUCCAUAUCAACCCAAGCUCUCACUACUUCUUAUUCCAAAAACGUUUUUUUUCACAGAAUUAACAUGCUGUUACACUAUUUGAACAACUUCAAGCUAAGCAUCAGAGCUAUACUGUAACCUGAAAUGACACAAGUAGUUAAAUUUACCCACAGUGUGCAGUGGUUUGCAGCUAGUCAGUUAUUGACUAAUUUACACAUCUUUUGUGUCAUAUUUUAAAUAUCACUCUCUAAACAUUCAUUGUCAGCAGUGCCCACUAUGGGCGUCAUAUGAUUUAUGAUCACUUGUUUCAGCUUUACGACAGCCUAUGCCAAUUUUUUUUUCUUUUUAAAUGAGAUUCACUUUUUGUACGUGAUACACAUAGAAUUUUAGCAUCAACUUUUAAAAAUCUGAUAAUUUGAUGUGAACAGUUAAAGAGAAAGAAAAUCACCAAUUACAAGGUUGAAAAAUAAGAGAAACAUGGUCUUUAUUUUAAAAUCAAGAACAAAUCCUGUAACUGCAUUAAACUCUCAUGAUUGUAUAGCACUUUUUUUUUUGUUCCCCUCUGGUUUGCUCUGAUUGAAAUCCUCAUCUGUGCCGCCACAAGCCAGAGCACAAUGCAGUUCGCUGCUGUAGUGUGUGAUCUGUGGGUUCUUUUUCUCAGUUUUUCAUCGCCCCAUUGACUAAUUCUGUAUCUAACACAGACAGUAGAUAUAUUUCUUGAAGAGAAAUUGUUUUAUUUCAGAUUACUUUUUGCCAUUUUUUGUUUUUGUCUAAAAUUGCAUUGUUGGAAAUUAAUGUAUGUAUAUAUUUUUGACUUAAACUUUCAAGGAAUAAAUCAUGUCGCUUGAGUUAGUUGUUUGCCCUGGACAAAAUACGAUUCUGGUUUGUUUUGGUAUAUUUAGUUAAAAUGUUUUUGUCUUUUUUGGCAAACAAAACUAAUCACUUUCCCUCUCAUCACCUUGCUGUCCCUUCUGCUCAAGACUGAGGGCUUUCCUUUUAUAUAUCAUACUAUAAUCAUGCACUAAAUUUGUCACUUCAUUUAUUAAAAUGACAAUCCUAAUGAUUUUACAACAUUUCGAUCCGUGGCAGGUAGCAAAUUAUCAAAUCUUUAACAAAACAGCGAUUUUAUUUUUGAGUAUAAUCUUAAAUAAGCUUCUUCUUUUUGUGGCAAAAAGGCCAAAGAUCAUGUUGAAAUUGCAAAAUCGUACAUAGAGAACGUAGCUGUAACUCUGCAAUAUAUAUUAGAAAUGUUUGGGUAUUAGAGCAGCGUUAUUUUAUAAUGUUUAGCUGCCAUCAUUGCGUUUUUAAAGAUAUACUCUGGAGUUUUUGACCACUGGUGGUGCUGUAGAGAAAUGCUUUGGGGAGAAGUUCCUCGCUCUACUAGCAUGUGCACAAGGACAAACAUACAAGAUACAGGUGACAUGACACAUACUUUGUGCGGGCUGCAGGAGGCAGUAAUGUGUUUUUCAACGGUUGGUGUCAUGGCAACGUGGCAUUAAAGUGCCACUGAACCAAUUAAAGACAAUAUGCAUAAAGUGCAGGUUUUGGAAAAAAUUGUUGAAAACGUUGCCGGAAGCAAUGUAGAAUGUAAAACCUAACUCUUGGGUUUUCAAUGGAAACUCCACAGAGUACCCUUUGAACAUAUGAAACGUGUCAAAUCGGGGAAAGUGAUUUCUUUUUGUAUUUGUUUGCCUGAAAUUGUGGUUUCACUGAAUAUUCCUUCCCAUGAAAAAGCAACAAAAACAACCCAACAAGAGGAAAACUCUUUCAAUUCACAUAUUUUGGUUGACGAUCACAAUAUUGUUUUUCCUCCACAAUACAUGCUUGUAUACCUGCUGUGCUCACAACAUGUAAAACGAAAACUACAACAAAAGCGUUUGGGAGAAAAAAACAACUUAAGAGUGCGUUUGAUGCCUGUUUAAGAUUUACAUAGUUUAUAUUUCAAUUCUAAGCUCUUCUAUUUUUGCUGCGUUGCCUGUAUUUGUUGUGAGUGCACUCUCAUCAAACAGCUCUCACCACCCAGCUGCUCGUUGCAAAUCUGGUAGGUGUGAUGGCUCUUAUUAAGCAACUUUUCAUGUGAUUUCUCUUCAAGCUUCAUUAAGAACAAACAUAUUUCCUUGCAUCUAGAAGUCAUGUUUCCCCCGCUCUCCUGACCUAGCCUGCGUUUUGUCCCAGAUAUUGUAUAAUUUAUGACGUGGAACCUUAAACGAUGAUGGUUAAUUGCCCAGACUUAUUCCUUUAAAUGACAAAUAGAGCAAUUGACUUUUUUGUUUUUUAAAUUUAAUACAAAAUUCCUGUCGCUGUUUGCAGGUAUUGAAAGUAGCUUGGCUGUGAUUUGUGACUGGGUGUGAUAUUUAAAUUAUGUGAAGAAAAAAAUUCGAGCAUAUCCCUGUUACCUCCCCAUCUCCAAGAAAAAAAAAUGUAUAAAAAGCCCCCAACCAUCUAUUCCCCUUGAUUUGAAAUUUAACUGAAAUACCUCAUUACAUUUAUAGGAAGUGUUAAUGUCUCAUGUUGUGUAGAUCCAAACUUUUCUGAAAGCAGUUAACUUAAAUCAGAGCCGUUUUGUUCUGGUCCUCCCCUAGAAGAAGAUGAUUCCCAACACUGAUCUGUUUGAGUGGGACAACCCUGUGCCCGUGGACAGUAUUUGACUGAAUAGUGCUGCUGAUGUUAUCAAAACACGUAAUGAUCUUAAGUGGCAACUGCAAACGACAAACUUAUUUUAGUAAGUAGGAACACUAUUGAACUUGGAUUAUAAGCUGUCAGCCCCUCAAGACGCUCACCUGUGUAAUUGUAUCGAGAGUUCAGGGUUUUAGAAAUGUGUGAAAAAAAUAGGUGUGACUAAAAUGACCAUAGUCAUAUGCACUGAUCAUCUGUAUAAUCAACUUUUUUUCUUCUUCUCAGAAAGUUGUAAUUGUAAGAAGAAGAAAAAAAGAAUUAUAGAAUUAUAAAGCUAUUAAAGAGUUACCUUUGGUUGCCUGGAAUAUAUCCUGUAUAUUCUCGUACGGAUAACUACCUGGCAGAGGCUGAAGAGAUUUAAAAGAUGCUUGCGCCCUCUUGUACAUAUUGAUGUACCUCGAUUGUGGCGUUUACUGUGUGACCCUUUGCAGUGGUGGUGUAUUUGUCCCCAUGCAGGGCCACCUGAGCCUCACUUUGCUGACCUUUUUCAGCUCAUGAAUAAGCUCACCGAUUUGCCUUACCCAAUCUCAUGUUGCCCCCUAAAGUACUUGUUCGACGAAACACUAUGAGGAGGAGUAACGCUGCUGCCGUUGCACUCUUCUAGAUUAAAAAAAACAACUUGUCUUCAUGUUAGGGUACUUGAGCUAUCGACAAAGUGACUUUGUCCUGGUUGUCACAAGGUACAGCUUUUCAGCCAUCGCUGGUUCGUAUGUUUUAUUUUCUCUCCAUGUUCCUUUUUAUCGGAGUUCAGUCUUGGAAUCUUCUUUAACUUUCCACUGCAGAUGAUGUCAUAUUUUUAACAAAUGCAAGUGUUCUAACAUGGUAGCCUCAUACGCAUUUCUAAAUGUGCAUACAUACAUUCAUGUCUGCUAUAUUUAAGAUUCCAUUCAAGAAUAGCUUUAGAGUGCUGUAGAUAAGUAUUGUCAAUGUUGAUUCAAAUGCUUCAGAGGCCUCUGUGAGUGAUUUUACAAAGUACAAUAACUGUAUAUUUUGUAUUAUGUUCUAGCUCCAAAGGAAUGGCAAAAAAAAAGAAAAUGUUUAAAAAAGCUUUGUUCCCUGAACUAAAUUGUACUAUUUGUGUUGUUGAUUGAUCAAAUUGCAUUCCUUGCUUGUGAAUUGAUGCAUUUCUCUCCCUGCUCCUUAAAUUUUCUCCCCUUCUUCCCCUCCUUUCUUUCAUUUUUUAAGCCUUUGAAGUUUGAAUAAAAUUUUUAGUUUGCAGAAUGUAUUACUAAAUAAAUGGGUUGUCAUCUUGUA